CAAUCACCCAACCCGAUUGCCCCGGAUCCGCUUAUCUGCACCGCAUCGCAGUCGUCGCUUUUGCGCUGAGAGAAGACUCUGCUCUUGUUGUCGAUUCUGUACUGUCUGCAACUUGCAAACAGACUAUCUAUUGUCAAGACACUGCCGGUGCGUGCGGAUCACCACAGCCGCGGGUCUAGAUUAAUUGCUGCAUUAUCGGCGCCCACAGCUCUCCAGCUGUAUCGCCUAAACCAGCACCGAUCAUCGACAAACCACAAAUCUGGAGGGAAGGAGCACGCCGUCUGAUCUGCUAAUCUUUCCCUAUCUCUACAAUCUGCAAAUAUGAUGUCCCUUGCUGAAUUCCUCUCUGCAGUCCGACCGCACUCGCAGGGUCCUACGCUUCUCGACGACGUGCCGAACCCGAUCGGUGCCGAACUUGCCAAUAAUGGAGAAUUUGGCUACGUCGAGCCGAAAGAGCAUGAGCUCAAGAGCCGGAGACGGUAUCCCCGCACUUUUGGAGAUCGCCUGUUUCGGCGAGAAAUGUCAUAUGUCAAAUACCCGCCAUCUACCUUCACUAAAAACAUGAUACCGCAUGCCGUCGACCGCUCCUACAUCCCAUUCCUUGCCCGCAAUUACAGCGGCCAAUUCUCCGAAGACGGCAGUUUCUUCUUCACAGCCUCGCAGGACUUCAAAGUCCGCAUGUUCGACACCAGCAACCACGACUUCCCCUGGAAACUGUACAAGACCGUGCACGUCGAGAUGGCGCGGUGGACGGUGACGGAUGCGUCGCUGUCGAACGAUAACCGGUUCAUUGCCUACAGCAGUAUAGCCCCGACGGUGCACCUGGCGAGCACGAGUCCCGACGACGAAGGCGGGCAGGAGGCGCUUGAUUUCGGCGAGGGGCUCGAUAAUAUCCAUCGCGGGUUUGGUAUCUGGUCGCUGCGGUUUUCGGCCGACGGGCGAGAGAUCGUGGCGGGCGCGAAUAACUGCUGUUUGUAUGUCUACGACAUCGAGACCAAGAAGACGAUCCUGCGGCUGACGGGCCACGAGGAUGAAGUUAACGCGGUGUGCUUUGGCGACGAGUCCGGGAAUAUUCUCUACAGCGGCUCGGACGACCAGGUGAUCAAGGUGUGGGACCGGCGAAGUAUGGGAUACAAGCAGGAAGCCGGCGUGCUGCUUGGCCACGUCGAAGGCAUCACCUACAUCGACUCGAAGAAAGACGGGCGGUACCUGCUCUCGAACGGCAAGGACCAGACCAUGAAGCUGUGGGACAUCCGCAAGCUCAUGUCGUCGAGCGAGUUCAGCGGCAUGGCGAACCGCAACUACAGCUCGCAGUUCGACUACCGCUACCAGCGAUUCCCGCGCCCGGUCGGCACGCGCCAUCCCCGAGACUGCAGCGUGAUGACCUACGCGGGACAUCACGUUCUGCGGACCCUGAUUCGGUGCCACUUUGGCCCGGCCUCGGCGACAGGAAGUCAGUACGUCUACUCGGGUUCGUCGAACGGCAAAGUGCACAUCUGGUCGCUCGACGGACAAGUCGUGCAGACGCUGAACGCGCGGUUGCAGGGCGAGCCAUCGGGGCCUUCGGUUCGGGGGUUCAAUCGGCAUCAGUCUGCGGCGCCGUGCGUGCGCGACGCGUCGUGGCAUCCGUAUUUGCCAAUCAUCGCGACGUCUUCCUGGGACGGGUUCUCGAACGAGGAGGGCAGCGUUAUGCUGCACAGGUGGCGGGAUCGCACGGGCGACACGCUCGAGGGCGAAGAUAAUGCCGUGAUGCAAGCGGCUAGCAUCCCAGACUAUGGCGAGACAUACUACGACGGCUCUUACGACUACUUUUAAUUCAUUUUCCAGAUUUAGCAGUGCAUCAAACAAAGCACAGCGCGAAGAUUGGAAUUUUAUAGAUGCUUAUGCAGAGGUAUGAGGUAUCAGUCACGUCUCUGCGUUCACGAGUUGCAUGAAUUUCAUCCCCCCCCCCCCCCC